AUGCCAUCUCCAUCCCAAAAAGAGCUCCAGCAGUUUUACAUCGGCAAGGACAUUGGCGAUGUGCCCAAGCCCGCUGCCGUCAUGGACGUGGGGCUCAUUCGACGACACUGUGAGACGAUGCUAAGCACAAUCAAGAAGCUGGACGUCGGAUUCAGAGCACAUGUCAAGUCCCACAAGACCCCCGAGAUCGCCAGGCUUCAAAUUGGCGGCAUCAAGGAUGCCAAUUUUAUCGCUUCAACUGUCCUGGAAAUCGAAAUGAUGAUACCACUCCUCUUGGAUCUGAAGAGGGAAGGUCGAACCGUCAACAUUCUCUAUGGAAUCCCUCUUGUCCCAUCGCAGGUGCCAUAUCUAGCCAAAGCUGCCCGCCAAUUGGACAAGGACAGCAUAUCGGUGAUGAUCGACCACCCCGAUCAAGUACCUUUCCUGGAGCAACUAUCCUCUCUAGCUGGUGUGCCACCCUGUGUUUUCAUCAAAGUCGACACAGGCUACCACCGUGCCGGACUGCCUCCAGUUUCUCUCAACAAGAAAGGAUUGCUGGAGAAGCUCGUGUCCGCCGAACAAUCGGGCAACGCAAAUAUCCUGGGCUUAUACUCGCACAGCAGCUUGAGCUAUAGUGGAACGACUCCGGAGCAGGCGAUGGGUCAUUUGAUCAGCGAGAUUCAGGGCUGCAAGGAUGCUUUACAGAAGAAUCUGCAUCUCCUCCCCAAAAAGGAGCUGAUAAUCAGCGUCGGCGCCACGCCCCAGGUUGUUUCCUCUCAAAACCUACUGCUAAGUAGCACCACCUGCGUGGAAGCGCAAGAGUUGAAGGCUUUGCUGAGUGAGACCAACGUCGAACUUCACGCGGGUGUCUAUCCUAUUUUGGACAUGCAACAAUUCUCAACACACGCCAGUGCAGAGUCUGGGAAGCUGGAGAAUGAGAUUGCCAUUUCGGUGCUUGCUGAAGUAUGCAGUGUCUAUAACGACGGGGAACGAGAGAAACCCGAAGCACUUGUGGCGGCAGGAACACUAGCACUGGGCCGAGAGCCGUGCCCGAGCUACCCUGGAUGGGGAGUUGUUGCGCCUUGGCGGGUCGAGGGGCAAGAUCCCACUACAUCGGACAAGCUGAUACUUGCUCGGAUCAGUCAAGAACAUGCCAUUGUGACUUGGAACGAGCAGGCCGAGGCAAAAAUCCCUCUCAGCAUUGGACAGGUCGUCAAAGUCUAUCCCAAUCAUGCCUGUGUGACUGGCGCUUUCUACGGUUGGUACUUUGUCGUGGACUCUGAUCAGGAUCCCGAGGCCUCUCGUAUUGUGGAUGUUUGGGUCCGGGGCCCUGGGUGUGGUAUGAGGGCCUGGUAG